CAUUCCGAAGUCUGAACCUCACAACGUCUUCGCUCUUCUCACGCUUUGGAUGUUUUGAAAUUCUCUGCAGUUUUAGUGUUUUUAACUAUAAACGAAUUAUAUGCAAUUACAAAUGUGAAAGAAAGGAUCCAGAUUGAACAUUUUUUUUCGAUAUCUUUCGCUUUUUCGUCUUUUUUUUUUUUUAACAUUUCGGAUUUAUUUUGCUAAUUUAAUAAUGAAUCAUCUCUCACAACAAAUCUCUUCUCUUCCAUAAUUCUUAUUAACGUUACUUCUUUAAAAAGACAACCGAAUAGGGAAGAAAGUUGUAGAUUUUGGUGGCGAAUCUAAUUUAAGAGCCAGAACUACAACACUUAUUCAAUGAAACAAUUUUUGCAUGGAACAGAAUAUGGAUAAUACUCUCAGCGACGUUUACACUCCACCUGACGCAACAUCCACUGUUUUAAGUGAAUUAUCACUGAUGUCUUUGCAUUCCAAUGACGAUUGUUUACCACCAGAUCGAGAAUCUGAGACAGAUUUAGCUGAUUCGGUGCAAAAUGAACCUACCCACCCUUCUGAAACAAGAUUACAAGGCGAUUACUUGCUCAAGUCUUUUGUAAACGAACAGAUUUAUAAAGAAGGUUUAGAAGUUCCAUCUGAUGAAACCAUAGAUAAAGAUUAUGGAAAAAAACAAGAAGCACAUGCACUUGGAAGAGACUUGAGAAGGUUGGCUGACGCUUUUGAACAGAGUUAUGAAAGGAAAGAAGUGAAGAAAAAAGCUAGCACUUGUAAUCUUGACAUCAACAGUUACUCAGAAUUUUCUAGAAUUUUGAAAAGUUUGUUCACCAAUGGUGGGAUCACACACAGCAGAAUCAUAGUCUUAUUCUUUUUUUGUUCCGAUUUUGCAAUUCGCACCUUAAAAGAGUGUUCACAGCGCUUUACGCGCUUUAUUAAUUGGUUUUUCCAGUUUCUAUCGGAUUAUGUUUAUGAGUGGGUAGAAUUACAUGGUGGAUGGUUUGCUGUUUUGAACCCAACACACUACAACAAGUAUAUAAUGCUUAGCACUGUUGUUGCUUGUAUGCUAGCCAUAGGUAUUUACAGAUGGAUGAAAAGAUAGCAAGUUCACUAACAAUUAAUAUUUUUACAGUCUUUGUUUUUCUCCAUCUCAUACACAAACACAAACACACAUACGUUAUACUUUGUUUAUUUUGGAAAGGUGAGAAAAAAAAAUUUGAAACAAUUCUCAAUAUUCUUGCCAAAUGACAAAUUAUUUUCAUCAGAAACAUUGUAAUAAUGCCAUUUAAUUUGACUGAGCAAUUUGAAAGUU